GUGGAAGAGGCGACACCGACCAAGAAAACUACAACCAGUCGCACUUUCGAUUAGCACAACCCUAACUAACCCUUACCAGCUCCCCAGAUUUCGGAACAAACAAACUUUCCGACCAAGAAGUCAGCAAGGAGGUGCGGUAUAGUUGAUCAAAGCUUCCAAAGGUUCGAGUCUUGUUUGAUCGUCCCGGUUCCUGUCAAGUUUGCCUGUUACUCGUUGGUGGAGCUGUUGCAACGAUUUGGAACUACCUCAGCUGACAUCAGGUUGAAAGGCUGAUAAUACACCCCAGACUGGUCAAUUAUGAGCCACAUAUAGAGUCAGUGGGAGGGAUUGAACACGGGGAAGGUGGCACGUACCUGAAGGUCCAUUAAUCAGUCCACAAUGACCAUGGAGGACUUCAGGAAAGAAACAAGCACCACUUCAGUCAUGGCUUUGUACACAGUGAUGUACCCUGUCUUUGACCAGUUGGAGAAAGUCACCCCGUCAGCAGCACAGAUGCUGCGUGCAGCCUUUAUAAAGGCAGAGAAGGAGAACCCUGGCGUGACCGAGGAAUUUGUGCUGAAACUACUUGAAAAGAAGAACUUGAAAAUCAAUUAUAAUGAGUGUCUACUUCGCAUGGCCGCUGCCGAUGUGAAAGAGUUCCGAAUUGAGAGGGAGGAGCUGGGGUUCCAGGAGCUAAAUGAGAGGGCCCAUGCUCUGAAACACACCCUCAGCACCAUACCUGAUGAGAUUAAUGACAGAGUGGGCUUCCUGCAGAUCAUCAAAGACAUUGCCAGUGCCAUAAAAGAGUUGCUAGACAUCGUUAAUACCAUCUUCAGAAGGUACCAGUAUCAAAACAGACAGGCCCUGGAACAGCGGAAGAAAGACUUUGUGAAAUACUCCAAGAGUUUCAGCGACGCUCUCAAAACCUUCUUCAAAGAUGGAAAAGUGCUCAACGUGUUUGUCAGCGCCAACCGGCUCACCCACCAAACCAACAUGAUACUCGAGGCCUUCAAGACGGCAUCAUAGAAGACCGAGACAAAGCAGCCACAACAUAGUCCGCGAUUGCGAGGUAGUUUGAAGCAAAACAUCGCUGAUAUCACAAUUUUAUUUAGCUUUUUUAUUGUUAUUGUACUUCGCUGCUUAGCAUUUUUUUACCUCCUGCAAUCUUGAGGGCUCUUUUCUCUUGAUGGGUUUCUUGCAAAAAAAUAAUGAUAGUCAAUUGAGUUCGAGCCAAGAGAAAGUCAAGAACACAUCCCUUGGAUGUUAUUCCCUCACACCUACAUAAAAAAGUGCUGGACACUGCUGGGCCUUGUCUUUCAUCUAUAAUUCAUAGCGCCGUGGUAACUGGUUUUGACCACACAGACAUUUCCUAUUAAGGACCAAAUCUCAAAGCUCCGCUCUCGUUGCCUGAAAGAGAAAUUCUCUCGUCGCCUUUUUUGAAGGAAAUUCUGCACACUGGAUUCAUUUCUCGAAGAUGGUAUAUGAUUUGUCUGCUUCCUCAGCUUUGUUAUUGUGAUUCACAGCCUUGUAUUAUAUAUAUAUUUUUCAUUCAUUCACUGUCUGAUCAUGUUAAAAAUACUCUGAUUGAAUCUCUGUCAAAAGCACUUUGGUCAUAUUCUUUUCUUCAAUGAAUAAAAUGACUUGACCUUGA